AUGCGCUUCUCGCUCUCCGCAAAGCCUCCAAAGGCCAAGCCAAAAAAGCUCAAGGAUUCCCGGCCCGUAAUGCGCACGGGCCGUGGUGGCGCUGGUGGCUACAGAAAGAAAGUACCUAAAGCUCCUGCAGAGCUCGCUUCUCUUGCUAGCGACGGCCAGUCUGUCGUAAGGUCGACCUCUGGAUCUGGCAUCGGUGCCGCCCCCCAGGCGGGCUCAACCAGCGACCCUCAUGGCAGUCACCUCAAUCUCUCACGCAUCACUCAGAGCAUCAAGUCGGGCACUACCGUAUCGCCUAGUGAAGGCGAAGAAAAUGAAGAUCGUUUGACAGCGCCGGCUGGAAGAGAAAUACUCAGUGCGAAGCAUCGGAAGAUAUAUAGUGGUCGAGGAGGAGCUGGAAACAAGCACACACUUGUAGCGGAUGACAAAGUGUACGAGGGCGUGCUUCUCCAUGAGCAAGGGAUACUCCAAGCGUACAAUGCAGAGCGUAAAGCUAAAGAGGGCACUUCUACGGGACGCGGCGGCUAUGCAAAUAUCAAACGCAAGAAGAAGUCGCCGUAUAGCGAUUCAUCCUCCAUCCGCUCCGGCGCUUCCUCACGUUCUUGGGGCUCAAGCUCCUUCUCACGCAGAGCUCAACAGAGCUCGACUAGCGUGACCAGGUCAAACACGAGCCUUUCGCAGGAGCCCAUACCGAGUCUGCAGACGAUUCCCGCCAACGACUUCGGGACCUCGGUCGUCCAGACAAUGAUGGACAAGGGCAUCUUUGACCGCGUCAUCGAGGAAGAAGAGUCGGAGGCUGCCGUUGCUUCUUCGGUUGUCGAAAGCCUGAGGGGAGAGUCUGUCGCUACUGGAAGCGAGCUACACCAUCCUACCAUCCACGUCACCAUUACACCUUCAACUUCGAGUGUCGGCGAUCAGCAGCAACAAAGUCCGGCACCCUCUCCAUCUCCCUCUCUCCAGCACGUGCGAAGCCCUGCAUCCAAGCCCAUAUCCCCCAACGCAAUCUCUUCUGGAAGCUGGAUUGCCAACAAUCUGCAAGAGCCACAGCAACAAGGUCGCUUGUCCAAGUCCCCCACACCAAAGCAUCCCAUCUCUUCUGGAACUUCGAGGGGCAAUGUUGCCCGUCCAACUAGUCCUACCGCUCAGACCUCACUUGCGGGGCGUAUCAAGUCGGGUUUGCAGUUCACCUUGCGUAGGACAACCUCUUCAGAAGGCUCCCAUGAUCGAGAAGCCAUGGCUAGUCCUCUCUCGUCCCCAGUCGUCAACAUCACCAGUUCACCGAGUACCACACCCACCGCUAACUCGUACAUGAGGACGAAUGCACACAAUAGUUUCAGCCCCGACCCUUCCUCACCCCUGUCGCCACAGCAGCAGGGCCACUCACAAUCGACGCGGCCUCGCGCAUCGUCGAAUCAAGCCAACCGCAAUGCUAGUGUAUAUUCGCCAGAAGGACUCACUGGUGACGGCUCUGUUGGUUUGUACACCGGACAUAGUCAGGAACCCUCUAAUCUGCCUUAUUUGGGGCAGUCGUCGGCACCUCGUCCCUCUGGAAGCAAGAUGCCAGUUGCUGAAGGUCGUCAGAGCCCGUCUGCAGGCAAGACGCUCAACGUUGCUCCAACUCCAGAUGCCCUUGACCCACGGCAUGCUCGGCACAUGUCCAGCUCGUCCACGUCGGGCAGUGACUUGGAUCUCUCUGGAUAUAACUUUCCGGAUGCUCCUGGACAUUCACCUGUCGUCCGACCAAGAGACACUGAGCCAAUACACACCGUUAUUCGAGGGGGAAAUGGAGAGCUCAUGACGCGAAGACCGUCGGAGCCAAUGUCGAGGACCAUUUCCCAAACGCCACCUCCUUCUCAUCCUCUUCCACCAACGCCUGUCGAGGCUCUUCCUUCUGCCCCGACACAGCCGUUGAGAGCGGGCCGUGCCCCUGUCCAACCUGGCGCAUACCAGGCAGCCCUUCGCUCCAUAAUAGACGAUGUUCCAGACGGGCCGCCUCCUUUGUAUCAACCCCCUGCUUCCUCAAGACGAUACCACAACGAUACAUCUACGGCUGCCGAGUCAGAGUAUCCAGAUUCUCCCGUUCCCGCGGGCUAUCACUCUCCUUAUCGCGUAUCCUCUCCAUAUAGAUCGCCUUCAAAAACUCAACAAUACGAUACACACCCUAAUCAACAUGGCAACGCCUCAUCGCGGCCAAGGGCUACCGGACCGGCUUCUCCCCUCGCAGAGUACAUUUCUUCGGCGGAUGGCAAUAACAGUGGACCAUCAAGCCCGGUAGAGCGAUACUCUGAGAAGUCGUAUUAUGGAACAUCGCGUUCCAAUACGAAUAGGCGCCCAAGUGACCCUUAUCAACGGAUUUUGGCAGCGGCGGCAAUGCCAGUCCCCCCUGGGGGUCAUAGUCCCAACGGCAGUCCAUCGCCUUCUCGUCGCGGAUCUUCGUCAAAUCAAGGCCAAACCUUGUCUCCUCUCAGUGCGACCAGCCCCGGAAGCCCGUAUGGAAGCGGUGGGCUCGAGGACGAUGAUCCACUUUCCCGGCCGACCUCGCAGACAUUUAGUACAUAUACCCGAGGCACGAGACACUCGACGUGGGAUGCGUCUCAAGUGACUGCAACCGCUGUCGAUCACCAUGAGGACGACUUUCCGAAUGCAGAAGAUGCUGGGACGUAUUAUACGUCUAUGCUAGCCGACCUUGACCCGUAUAAUCCAGACCUUGCGGGUGCACGGGAUCGGAAACGAGUCCUUUCGAGUGCCAAGGAAAAGGAGUCAUCCGCAUGGAGGCAACCAGACUAUCCACCGAGUCCACCGCUGCCGCAGAUACCAAAACAUUUACUCGGCAGGUCCCACCAACAGCAAUCACGCCUCCAGCAGUCGCUCUAUCCGCCACAAACACAGCAUGCUCCUGCCAAUCGUUCGCCGAGUCGUCAACUGCCGAUCCCACCUGUUGGACCACCUCCUGCUGCCCCGCGUGUGUUCCCGAAUGGAAUGGGAUGGGACGAGCUGAAUCGACCUCCACCGCGCAAGCUGUCCAAGAUGGAAAAGGCGUUGCUGCGUAGAGUCGAGUUUGGAGCGGUCGCGGCCGCAGAUAUUGCGUCUAUCCCCUUGGCAUGA